AUGGAUGUAAUCAUUGUCUACCUAAGGGAUGGUAUACCGCCAGAAGGAAGAAUUGAAGCCAAAACACUUCGCGCAAAGUCAACUCGGUCCAGGCUCAUCAAUGAUAAGUUGUAUAAGCGCAAGUUCAGUGUACCGCUACUGCGAUGUAUCGACCAUGAGGAUGCAUAUUAUGUUUUGAGGGAGAUCCACGAGGGGAUUUGCGGGGACCAUGUAGAAGGCAAAUCUCUAGCAUACAAAGUGCUUCGUCAAGGUUAUUACUGGCCAACAGUUUUCGACGAUGCAGCAUACUAUGUGCGCAGAUGCGACAGAUGCCAAAGAUUUGCAGAUACUCCACGAGCUCUAUUUCAAGAAUUAACUACACUGACAAGCCCUUGGUCAUUUCUCGGCAUCAAGAAAAGCUUUGCCACUAUUUAUCGGCCUCAAGCCAAUUGUCAAGUAGAGGCUGUAAACAAAGUCAUUAAGCAGACCAUUAAAAAGAAGCUCGACGCUCUGAAAGAAAGAUGGGCCAAUGAAUUGCCCGAAGCCUUGUGGUCUUACAUAACAACAGUCAAGAGCUCAAUAGGAGAGACCCCGUUCUCUCUCUUAUAUGGGUGUGAAGCAAUGGCUCCAGUCGAAGUAGGGAUCAGUUCGUUCCGAAUGGAAGUUUUCGAUGAUGAAGCCAAUCAAGAUCUUUGCCGCCUGAGGCUGGAUAUAGUCAAAGAACUUCGGGCCAAGUCUCAGUUAAGGCUUGCCUUAUAUCAGCAGUGA